CUGGAAACUAUAGAGACACCUGAGUGUCGCCCCACUGGCUAAACUAUCCCGUCACAAUGCUGUCACGAACGUUGACUGUUCCUUUGAUCUUUGCUUUGGUUGGUCUUGCUCUCUCAGCCCCUGUUACUGAUGGAACAGAGGCAGACAAUGAAGGUGCCAAAGAUGGCAGUGGCCCCACUGGCAGCCCAGUUGUUGCAGCAGCAGCUGGACACUCUGCAGGGACCACAGAUGGGACUGACUCUAGUAAAGAGCUGGCUGGAGGUGCAGUUGAUUCCUCAGCUGAUACCACAGACGCACCAGAUGCCAGAAGCAGUGAUACAUCCACAGACACAAACAAUGGAGAUACCAGCGUGGAAACCACAGGCAGUCCUGACGCCCCUGAUGCCACAGAUGCAGCUGAAGCAGCAGACAGCCAAGACACAACGGAUGCAGCUGAUGCCUCUGAGGCUUUGGCAGUGACCUUUGACUCUUCUAAUAGAAAAGAAUCAGCAGAUGUGGAUAAGUCUCCAGAAAGUGACUCCACAGAGUCUCCAGAACGUGACACCACAGAGUCUCCAGAACGUGACUCCACAGAGUCUCCAGAACGUGACUCCACAGAGUCUCCAGAACGUGACUCCACAGAGUCUCCAGAACGUGACUCCACAGAGUCUCCAGAACGUGACUCCACAGAGUCUCCAGAACGUGACUCCACAGAGUCUCCAGAAAGUGACUCCACAGAGUCUCCAGAACGUGACUCCACAGAGUCUCCAGAAAGUGACUCCACAGAGUCUCCAGAACGUGACUCCACAGAGUCUCCAGAAAGUGACUCCACAGAGUCUCCAGAAAGUGACUCCACAGACGUGACCAGCGAUGACACGGAUGAGGCCACAGAGACAGACAAAGAUGAUGACAAGAGUGACGAAAAGAGUGACUCAGAGGAUGCAGAUGGGAAGGAUCCUGCAGAUGAAGAAGAAACAUUAGAUAACGACUCUGCAGAUGCUGCCACAGACAAAGAUGACAGUGAUGAGGAUAAGGACAUUGAACUACAUGGUAAGGCCCCUGCAGAAGAGAAAGACAGUGCAGAAGAUACAGAGACAGAGGAAGCGGCGGACAGCGACAGCAAACAAGAUGACGCAGACUCAGACACUGAGGAUGACAAGCCAGACAAAGACGACAAGAAAGAUAGCACAGACAACAGCAAAGACAGCAGCGAAGACGACAGCAAAGACAGCAGCGAAGACGACAGCAAAGACAGCAGCGAAGACGACAGCAAAGAUGACAGCAAAGACAGCAGCGAAGACGACAGCAAAGACAGCAGCAAAGACAGCAGCGAAGACGACAGCAAAGACAGCAGCAAAGACAGCAGCGAAGACGACAGCAAAGAAGAGGCCCGGGUCCCGGAGGAGGAACCAGAGCAGCAGGAAAUAGAAGAAAAGGACAGCGAGAGCCAACAGGACACCUCAGAAGAAAACGACAAGCCAGACAAAGACGACAGUAAAGACAGCAGCUCAGACGACAGUAAAGACAGCAGCUCAGAUGACAGCAAAGACAGCAGCUCAGAUGACAGCAAAGACAGCAGCUCAGACGACAGCAAAGACAGCAGCUCAGACGACAGCAGCAAAGAUGACAGCAAAGACAGCAGCUCAGACGACAGCAAAGACAGCAGCGAAGCGGAAGCCCAGGUCUCGGAGGAGGAACCAGAGCAGCAGGAAAUGGACAUGAAGGAGGGAGGUGACAUGGGGAAACAGCAGGCCAGCCCUGAAGACAGCAUCGAGGAGGGAAGCCCUGUAGGGAGUCAAGACUUUGAGCCUCCACAGGAGCUGGAGUCAAAGGAGGAGGGUGAGCUGAAUGCGGAGAGGAACCUAGAAACAACAGAGGCCGACAGUAAGGAGGAGAGUAAGGAUGACAGUGAGGAGGAGAGUAAGGAUGACAGUGAGGAUGAGAGUAAGGAUGACAGUGAGGAUGAGAGUGAGGAUGAGACUGAGGCUGAAGCAGACUCUAACAGCGAGGAGGACUUUGGGACCAGUGAUGCCCCUAAACCACAAGAGGAUGACAGUGAAGAGGACACUGAAGCCCAGCCAGAGGACACUGAUGAUAGCAAAAUGAAGGAGCCCGAAGAUUCUGACGAUGCUGACGAAGAUGACAUGGACAAGGAUGCCUCUGAGGAUGACACGUCUGAAUCUGAUGCAGAGCCAGGCGCAGAUUCACACAAAGAUGAGGAUGAGACCGACGAGGAUUCCGAGGAUGCGUCAGAGUCCAUGGCGAAAGAUGACGAUAUGGAUGAUGAUGAGAUGGAUGGGCCAGAAUCAAUGGCUCCAGAUUCAGAAGCUGUUCCUGCUGAUGUUUUGGACCAACCAGACCAACAGGAUGACAUGACACAGGGUGCCUCCCAGGGCGCUGAUGCCCUGGCAGCCCAAUCUUAGCCCUGUGGGUUGAGCCCACAGGAUGCUGUGGAUGGAAUCAGACAGUUUGAUAGUCCCAUCAUGGUGAAUCCCACAGAAAACGAGUCCUCCUGCAGUCAUGACAACAAACAGCAUUUAAAAAACUUACGUUCCUUAAGUUCCUUAAUCCUCUUUUGCAACUCAAAAUGGUGAAGGUGUCUACAGGGAUACAAUUCAAUGAUUCUACUGUUUUGGUGUACAUUACAUUUUUUCCCACUUUUUUGACUGCAUGGUUGUUUUUUGGCAUCUCAAGGGUAGUUUAAUAUUUGAUCAAGGAGAAUAUAUAUUUUUUCAACUUUGUUUUUGUUAAAGACAGUAUGUUUAAGUUGUGACAUCAUCAUUACACAAGUUACACCCCUGUCUUAACAACUAGCGUGUUGAUAAAAUGGUCACUAUAUUCCCUUACAAUGCCCUUGAGAAAAACAUUGUUUAUAAAAUAGCAUUCAGUCAUUGUAGGUUUGCUAGGUUUCUGCAGGUUGUGGGUUUCUACUGUUUUUCUCUUGCUUUCAUAUGAUGCAUUGCUGUCUCAGUCCUUGACAGAAAGCUCAAUUGGCAUUUUGUCCUUCUAACCGAUAACGGCUGCUACAUUUGAUAACGCUACAUUUGAAAAAGAAUUCCAACUGACUCUCAGUUCAACAUUUGUUUUUUUAAGUUAUGAGAAACAUAAGGUCCUUUAUACAAAACGAAGUGUACAUACAAUGUCUUUGAUUAGGUAUAAUCUACAUUGGUUGGAAAAAUGGUAAGAUAACAAAUGUGUAGACAUAAUGAGAAUUUCAUUUCAAUACUGUAUGCACACAAGGGGAAAAUCUAAUAAAGAUUGAGUUGUCAGAGAA